CCCACUCGGCAGGGGCGGGGCCGGCGGCUCCUCUCGCCCCCUCCUUCUUCCCUGCCCAUCCUCCUUCCUCCUCUCUCUCCUCUCUCUCCCUCUCUCCGCGCACUCUCUCUCUCUCUCCCUCCUCUCUCUCUUCUCUCCCUCUCGGUGGCGGCGUCCUCCAGCGCGGCCAGGAGGUCUCCGUGAGCCUCGGUGUCCCCCAGAGCCCCGGGAGAAAGGAGGGAGGAGGCGGCCAGGCGGCCAAGCGGACCGACCGGCGGGCGGGCGGGCGGACAAGGGGGCAGGCAGGCAGGCAGGCAGGCGGACGGACGGGCAGGCGCGCUCGGGUUCCGGCGGCGGCGGCGGCAGCAGCGGCGACGGUAGCAGCAGCAGCUCCCCCUACUCAUUCACCCACCCACCCACUCCCGGCCCGGCCCGGCCAUGUCCUCGGCCAAGCAGCGAGGCUCCAAGGGCGGCCACGGCUCGUCCGCCCCCUCCGAGAAGGGCGCCCACCCGGCGGGCGGCCCCGAUGACGUGGCAAAGAGGCAGCAGCAGCCGCAGUCCGAGCAGCAGCCCAGGCAGCAGCAGCAGCAGCCCAGGCAGUCGCCCCAGCCAGCCAAGCAGUCAGCCCAACAGCAGAACCAACAACCCAAGCAGCAGCAGCAGAACCAGCAGCCUAAGCAGCAGCAGCAGCAGCAGAACCAACAGUCUAAGCAGCAGCAGCAGCAGAACCAACAGUCUAAGCAGCAGCAGAACCAACAGCCCAAACAGCAGCAGAACCAACAACCCAAGCAGCAGCAGCAGCAGCAGAACCAACAACCCAAGCAGCAGCAGCAGAACCAGCAACCCAAACAGCAGCAGAAUCAACAGCCCAAACAACAGCAGCAGCAGAACCAACAGCCUAAGCAGCAGCAGCAGUCCAAGCAGCAGCAGAAUCAGCAACCCAAGCAGCAGCAGAAUCAGCAACCCAAGCAGCAGCAGCAGCAGAACCAACAGCCCAAACAGCAACAGCAGAAUCAACAGCCCAAACAGCAGCAGAACCAACAACCCAAACAGCAGCAGCAGAACCAACAACCCAAACAGCAGCAGCAGAACCAACAACCCAAACAGCAGCAGCAGAACCAGCAAUCCAAACAGCAACAGCAGAACCAACAACCCAAACAGCAACAGCAGAACCAACAACCCAAACAGCAACAGCAGAAUCAACAGCCCAAACAACAGCAGCAGAAUCAACAGCCUAAACAGCAGCAGCAGCAGAACCAACAACCCAAACAGCAGCAAAACCAACAGCCCAAGCAGCAGCAGCAGCAGAACCAACAGCCCAAACAGCAGCAGCAGCAGCAGAAUCAACAACCCAAACAGCAGCAACAACAGCCCAAACAGCAACAGCAGCAGCAGAACCAACAGCCCAAACAGCAGCAGCAGCAGCAGCAGCAGAACCAACAGCCCAAACAGCAGCAGCAGCAAAACCAACAGCCUAAACAGCAGCAGCAGCAGAACCAACAGCCCAAACAGCAGCAACAGCAGCAGAACCAACAGCCCAAACAGCAGCAGCAGCAACAGCAGAAUCAACAACUCAAACAGCAGCAGCAGCAGAACCAGCAGCCCAAGCAGCAGCAGCAGCCCCAGCAGUCCCACCCCAAAGGCAGCAAUCGGGGUGGGGGCGGGGGUGGGAAAUCCUCAGCAGCCUGCCCAGCCUCCUCCUCUUCCUCCUUCUUUGGCAAGCUGGCGAAGGUUCUCAACUUUCUCUUCUACCUCACGCUCAUUGUCGGGGCUGGCUUCUCCGCCUGGUAUGUUCAUAACAUUUUGGAGGAAGUCCAUCAGAUCCGGCACCGGAAUGAGGGCUUCUCCAGGCAGAGAGAGGAGCUGGGACAGGGCUUGCAAGGCGUCAUGCACAAGUUGCAGUCUCUGCAGUCUACGUUUGUGAGUUUUGAGUCCAUCUUGAAGAACUCCCAACAUAAGCAAGAGCUGACGGAGAAAGCGAUCAAACAAGGGGAGAAUGAGAUCAAUCGUAUCAGCGAAGUGCUGCAAAAAUUGCAGAAUGAGAUCCUGAAGGACCUUUCAGAUGGCAUCCAUGUGGUCAAGGAUGCCAGGGAAAAGGAUUUCAACUCCCUGGAGCACACCGUGGAAGAGAGACUCACAGAGCUCACCAAGUCCAUCAAUGAGAACAUUGCCAUAUUCACAGAUGUCCAGAAGAGGAGCCAGAAGGAGAUCAACGAGGUGAAAGCCAAGAUCUCUUCUUUGGAGGAGACUGAUUGGUACAAGCAUGACUUGAAGGCUCUGAGGGAUGUGGUAGAUGGACUUCAGACCUCGGUGAAAUCCAGAGAAAAGGAUAUCGAGUCCUUGAAGAGUUCCCUAGAGACCAUGGAGUCUGAUGUCUAUACCGAAGUCAAAGAGCUGGUGAACUUGAAGCAGGAACAAGAAAAAUUCAGAGAAGCUGCUGACAGUGAACAUCUCACAUUGCAGACCCUGAGGGAGAAAAUUCUUCAGGCGGAGGCUUCCUUGUCGGACCUCCCCAAUGAGAUUAAGAAAUUGCAAGAAGAUGUGCGCCAGGUCAAAGCCAACUCUAACCAACAAGAAGAGAGUGAGCUUUUCAAGAACAUCGAUGCCUUAGACUCUCUUCAGAAGAGGAGUGAUGAUUUUGAUUCCAAGUUCGAGCACCUGGAAGGUAGCCUCCAGGCCAUCCAGAUGGCUUCUUCUCAACAGAUGAAAACUCUGGAGUCCCUUCUUUCCAAGAAUGAAGAGCAUGAACAUCAGCUGGCUACCCUCCAAGAACACCUCGAAGGCAUCACGACGUCCCAUGGUCUGCUGGAUGCUGAUAAAGAUGGUCUUGAAAGUACCGUGAGAAGCCUGGGGGAAUCUCAGCUCUCCUUAUACAAUGACGUGGAGGAACUGAAGAGAAGUGUCAGCGAGCUUCCCAGUGCCGUGGACUCCCUUGAGAAGGUGCAGAAACAAGUCCGCACCCUGCUUGAGAAAGCCCACGGGGACAGUUCUGUCCCUCCUGACUAUCUAGAAAAACUGGCAUCUGUAGAUGACUUAAGGUCCUCCUUAAGCCAACUGGAAUCAGACCUAAAAAUGGUUAGGACUGCUGUGGACAGUCUGGUCGCCUACUCAGUGAAAAUUGAAACCAAUGAGAAUAAUUUAGAGUCCACAAAAAGUUUAUUGGAUGACCUGAGGAGUGAUCUGGACCGACUCUUUGUGAAAGUGGAGAAAAUUCACGAAAAAAUCUAAACGAGUUAUCAAUGCUGGUGUGGAAUUUCAAAGUCUCCCCCCCGACCCCUCAGUCUCUCAUGGCCAAAAAAAUGAAAUAAAAUUUGUCCCUCUUUGUAAAGAGCAAUAGACACUCAUGGUAACUCCUGGGCAUUCUCCAAUGCCCCCUUCCUGACCCAUUUAAUUUAUUUGCCAUAUUAGACUAUACCUGUGAAAACAGGGCUAUGGUUGCGUAAUUAUUUUGUAUCAAUUUUUAGUUUUCAUUUUCUCCCUGAAGGGCCCCCAUCUUCAGGAAUCCGAGGUCCCUUCUAAAAAGAUGUUGUGAACAUCUCAGAAGGGUGAGAAUGACUUCGGUGGUGAUAAACAAGAUCAGAUUAGUGUUUAGCCUCAAAAAGCCACCUUGGCCGCCAUUUGUUACUGACGUAAUAAAAAAAGUAUGCUAAUGAAAAUUGUCCUUAAGGAAAGUAAAUUUUUUUUUUUUAAUGGGAGGGGGGAGGGCCCAAGUUUUCCAUGAGAUGUCAGUCACUUAUAGUCUUCCACUUAAAAGCUGGUUGGAAACCAGAAACAUCAGCACAAUUUAGGGAAAAAAAUAUACCAAUUCCUAGUGUUUGUUUUUUUGUUUUUAAACGACUUUACCAUAGUUCCUCCCAUAGGUGCUUUCUCAUAGUUUCUCUUUUAGCCCUAUUCUUCUCAUCCCCAUUCUAUACAUCCUUUAGUGAUAUCCAAGGUUACUAUGCAAGACUCGGAAGGCUCCGAAUGCCAAGAUGGGGCAUCCACCCUGAGUAAUCCUGAGCCCAUCUGUGCCAAAUCUCUAGUUGGGUCAUCAGAUAACUCUUAGACUUAGCAGCCCAGAACAGGGGUCUGAUAUAUUCUUGAAUCAUAUCCCAGGAGCAGCACAGCGGAAUGGGGCGUCCCCUCAGGUAUGCAGACCAAAUGUCUAUAACCUAUUUGUUUUUUUUAAAGUUUUUUUUUAAAAAAUGAUACUCAUGGAAAUCUAACAAUAGAUUCCUGCCUGUUCAGUGGAAAAAAAAGGAUGCACUGCGUUUUCAUGUCAUUGUUCGCUCUGUCCCCGUCCCGAGCUGCACUGUCCCCGAUGCUCUGUCCUGUCCUGUCCUAUAAAGCCAUUUUGUUUUUCCUCCAUUUGGAUUAAUUUCAGACGUUCGUUUAGUUGACUGUGAAAUGAACUGAACUGUAUGGCUUCUUUACAGUAUUUUUAAUUCUUAAUAAACACUUUGGAGCUUUGUA